GUGUUUCAGCGAGAAUGGGACACAAAAAAGUGAAGGGAAUCGUUGAAAGUAAAGAUGUAAAUCAAGUAAAUACAAUUGUUGUAAGUGAGUCGACAGUUUGUCUGAUCAUUGAAAUAUUGUUCAUUUACUUUGUAAUUGUCAACUUCAAUUCAAUUGUUUCCCUUUUUUACAACACGAUUGGGUUAUUUUAUGGACAAAAUUCAUGUCUACUUUCAAUAUCUUCAAGUUGGAGUCAUCUUUUUGAUCCUAAAAUUGCUGAUUGCAGUCAAUGUGAACGUAUUGAUCAAAUUGUUCAAGUUACUAACAUUACAAGGCAACAAUUUGAGGAAAGAUUUGCUUAUUCAAUGGAACCAUUAGUUGUUAGAGGAAUAAUAAACGAUUGGAAAAGUUUACAUGAUUUUUCGGUUGAUUUUUUCGCUCGACUGUAUUCAUCUUCAAAUCCAUUUUAUCGAUGUCAAUUUUUCCCAUACAAAACACCAUUUAAAUCGUUGAGAGAAGCUUUGGAUAUCAUUUCUGGUCAUGUUGAUGCUGACCAUUUCAAUAGUUGGUACAUUGGAUGGUCCAAUUGUGAUCCUUCAAUAACUCAAAAGCUGCGUCAAUAUUAUAAAAGGCCAAGCUUCUUACCAAGUGAUUCGGAAGAUUCAAGGCUUGAUUGGAUAUUCAUGGGUACUCCUGGUUAUGGUGCUCCUAUGCAUAUUGACAAUGUUGGUUACCCUUCAUGGCAAGCACAGAUCAAGGGAAGUAAAAAGUGGAUCCUUGAACCACCAAUUGAAUGCCAUUUUACCUGCAAACGAUUCGAAAUUACGGUCAACUCUGGUGAUAUUAUUGUUUUAGACACAAACAAAUGGUUCCAUGAGACGAAAAUUAUUGGAAAUGAUCUGAGCAUAACAAUCGGUUCUGAAUAUGAUUGAGUCUCGACCGGCUGUUACUA